UGACGGAGAAGGUGAGGAAAUUUUCUAAAGACUGCUUUCACGAGGAGAAACAAAGACCCAUUUUUUCCAAACAGUCAGAGAAAAUAAGAAAAAACAUGGAAUGUGCGUUGCAUGUCCUAGAAUAGGAUAUAUAUAUUAAAAUUAUAUAAAUAUAGCAUUUUGUAACCCCGUCAAUGGCGGGUUCGAUUGGUUAAGCUGUGGAUCACCAUCUACGUUCCCCUGCUUCUUUCAACCUUAAUUUUCUUUCCUAUUCUUUCUUUUAUUUUCGUUUUGCCUAUUAACCACCUUUCUUUUCCAUUUUUCUUUGUUUUUUCUUUCUUCUUCCUCUUCUAAUUACCCAUUACUGUUUGAUUCUUAAAAAUCAAUAUUUAUACUUUUUUUUUUUUAAAAGAUAUCAUUUUGUAGGAAAUGGUUUGUGCUCAAUUUCAGCACUGCCCAUUUGCAUCAUCGUCAUCAUCGUCUUUCAUGUUGUUUUGCUUUGAAUUUUGUUUUAUAUUGGAAAAUCCUCUGGUUUAACCCACCCCUACUUCUUAAUUCUCUGUUUCAUUAUCUCAAGAUAGUAUAUGUGUUAGCAGUCAUGCCCAUGUUUGGAGAUGGGAUUUUGGUUGCUUUUUAGGCAUAGUAGUUUACCAUGGAUAAUAACAACAACAAAAACAACAACGUCAACGAUUCACCCUUGGUCAGGAUCCACUCUAAUGCAGAGGUAUUGGAUCCGCAGAUCAGAGCAUUGGAUCUCGAAUAUGAGGAUCAGAGCCUAGUGAGUCCCCAAUCUCUUGGCAGAAAGAAACAUUCCUAUGACGAGGCUGCCCAUAGAUCAUUGGGUUCUGGUGGUUCAGACCAUUGUUCUCCCUUACUCAUGAGGAACAGCGUGGCUGAAAGUAUCAAGAUUGUAGUAUUCUCUGCCAAAAUCAACUUAUUGAUGCCCUUUGGACCUCUAGCAAUCGUGGUUGAUAAAUUCUCAGGCCAUCAUGGUUGGGUUUUCUUUUUAAGCUUAUUGGGCAUCGUACCUUUGGCUGAGCGUCUGGGUUAUGCUACAGAGCAGCUAGCCUGCUAUACUGGACCUACAGUUGGUGGUCUUCUAAAUGCCACUUUUGGAAAUGCGACAGAGUUGAUAAUUUCAAUAUAUGCUCUAAGAAAUGGCAUGACCCGUGUUGUUCAACAGUCAUUAUUGGGAUCAAUUUUGUCAAAUAUGCUGCUUGUUCUUGGAUGUGCAUUUUUCGCUGGUGGACUUGUGUAUUCCAAGAGGGAACAAGUGUUCAACAAGGGAGCAGCAACAGUAAACUCCGGAUUGCUAUUGAUGGCAGUCAUGGGCCUGCUGUUUCCGGCUGUCCUCCAUUCUACGCACACAGAAUUACACUUUGGGAAGUCUGAGUUGGCCCUUUCAAGGUUUACCAGCUGCAUUAUGCUUGUGGCAUAUGCUGCCUAUCUUGUUUUUCAGCUCAAAAGCCAGCAGAAUCUAUAUGUCCCAGUUAAUGAGGUGGAAAACCAAAAUGAUGCAGAUUUAGACGACGAUGAGGCUCCUGAGAUCUCUAAGUGGGAAGCAAUUAUAUGGCUAUCCAUUUUGACUGCAUGGAUUUCAAUCCUGUCUGAAUAUUUAGUUGAUGCCAUAGAGGGAGCAUCUGUUAAAAUGCAUGUUCCAGUGGCAUUUAUUAGCGUUAUUCUGCUUCCAAUUGUUGGGAACGCAGCAGAGCAUGCAGGUGCUGUUAUGUUUGCAAUGAAAGACAAAGUUGAUAUAUCUUUGGGAGUGGCAAUAGGCUCAUCAACCCAGAUUUCUAUGUUUGGGGUUCCCUUCUGUGUGGUUGUAGGGUGGCUGAUUGGAAGACCCAUGGACUUGAAUUUUCAACUUUUUGAGACAGCCUCGCUUUUCAUUACUGUUCUAGUGGUGGCUUUCAUGGUUCAGGAGGGAACAUCUAAUUAUUUUAAAGGACUGAUGCUCAUCUUUUGCUACAUUAUAGUCGCAGCAAGUUACUUCGUACAUGUAGAUCCUACUUCAGUAGAAGAUAAGCCCUCAAAACCUAGUCAUUGACUGGGACUGGUGAAACUAAUAGCAUCUGAAGAAUGGUUUUGUAGAGCAGCCUGAAAUUUAGCCAAUGCAGAAUUAUUUUGUAAACCUCAAGCUUUGCUUUGUCACUGUAUAGUCUUCCUAGUCGAACUGCACCAUGGUAAACCAGGAUAAGACGUUAUUCUGUGGACAUUUUGACAAAUCGGCCGGUGGAAAGCUUUAAUUUCUGUUCCUCACCAUAUUGGAGCAAUGAAGAAUAUUAAAUUUAGGCUAUAGUCUCAUGUUGAUAUUCAGAGAGUAGGAAUAGUACAAAAUUUAAAAAUGUAAAAUUAGCAAGGAUAAAAGUCAUUUUCCUCUGUUCCUUUUUUUUCCAUUGUUACCAACAACCUCACCCACAACAAUUCCCAAAGCUUAAUGUUUUUGGUUGAAAAACUGUUAUAUAAUUUUACUUUUUCUUGAAGUUCUUCAUCUACUAUUGGCUUUUUCUACUA